CUACUGAUGUGAGCUGAGCCGAAGAAGAUCCUAUCCAAGUUACUGACUUAACGUUGCUUGUACAGACAGUGUUUGAUAUCAUUUCCUCUUGUAACGACAUCUCAAACAAUCAGGAUGUCUGGUGGGACGCCUGCGAUGACGAAAGCCAUCGAUCUUGUGACUAAAGCAACAGAUGAAGACAAAAAGGGGGAGUAUGCUGAAGCACAGAAGCUCUAUGAGCAUGGAGUCCAGUACUUUCUCCACUCUCUCAAAUAUGAAGCGAAUGGAGAGAGAGCUAAAGAGAGCAUCAGAGUUAAAUGUACAACCUAUUUAGAGAGAGCGGAACAAUUGAAGGAGUACCUCCUCAAGAAAGAUAAGAAGAAGGUCAAAGAAGGCCCAUCAGGAGGACCCAAAGGGAAAAGCAGCAAUGGCAAAGAGAGUGAUAGUGAAGAGGAGGGUGAGAAUGCAGAACUCAAAAAGAUGGAAAAGCAGCUGGAAGGUGCCAUAGUGGAGAAUCCUAAUGUGAAAUGGUCUGAUGUAGCUGGUCUGGAAGUAGCCAAGGAAGCGCUUAAAGAAGCCGUCAUCUUGCCUAUCAAGUUUCCUCAUCUCUUCACCGGCAAUCGUACACCUUGGAGAGGAAUCCUGCUAUUUGGGCCCCCUGGUACAGGCAAGUCUUUCCUCGCUAAAGCAGUGGCUACGGAAGCCAAAUCCACCUUCUUGUCCGUCUCUUCCUCAGAUCUCAUGUCAAAAUGGCUCGGUGAGAGUGAAAAAAUGGUCAAGUCAUUGUUUGCUGUAGCUCGGGGGAAUAAACCAGCCAUCAUAUUCAUUGAUGAAGUAGACUCCCUCUGUGGUUCAAGAAGUGACAAUGAAAGCGAGUCCGCUAGGCGAGUCAAGACAGAGUUCCUAGUACAGAUGCAAGGCGUUGGAGUAGACAAUUCUCAGGUCCUGGUUUUAGGAGCUACCAAUAUCCCUUGGCAACUAGAUGCUGCUAUCAGGAGAAGGUUUGAAAAGAGGAUAUACAUAUCCCUACCAGAAGCCCAAGCUAGAACCACGAUGUUCAAGCUUCACAUCGGCAAGACCAAGACAACCGUUACAGAUCAUGAAUACAGAGACCUUGGUGAGAGGGCGAAGGGUUACUCAGGAGCAGAUAUCAGCAUCGUUGUACGAGAUGCUCUCAUGAUGCCAGUUAGGAAAGUCCAGAGUGCCACACAUUUCAGAACGGUAUCUGGUCCUUCUCCUGAAGACCCUACUGUGACUGUACAUGAUCUUCUGGAGCCUUGUUCUCCUGGAUCCCCAGGAGCUAAGGAAACUACAUGGAUGGAAAUUGAUGGAAAGAAACUCUUAGAACCACCCAUCACAUAUAAAGACCUAAUCAAAGCUAUUGAGAACACCAAGCCAUCUGUCAAUGACGCAGACUUGUUAAAACAGGUCAAAUUCACUGAAGACUUUGGCCAGGAGGGCUAGAGCCUGGUUCUGGAUGAAUCAUUGGAUUCUUUCUUUAGUGAAUCCAAGUGGAUGGUGAUGGACUGUAUCAACAAAGUUGGACUAUAUUCCUUGAAUCUCUCAUGGUGACAAAUUUUUUGAAUCAGUAGUCACAAGGCAUAGGAAUUGCAUAUAUACCUAUAUAUUAAAGGUCGUGUACAGUUUUGGUAUAAAGCCCUCUAAAAAAAAUUCCCCCCUCUUUUUUUUAUUUUACAUGAUAUGUUGGAGGAUACUAGCAAUACUAAGCUGCUGAGAGUUUGUUUUGUCCUCAAGUGAUAUAUUAAACAAAUGAGAAGUAAAAAAUAAUUCAGAUUCCAUCCUGGGGUGUGAAUUAUAACAAUAGUAUCCUGCACUACACAUGUAAAACCUAUGAAGGCUGUGUGAAUACACAGUCUCUAUGUGCGUGCUGUCUCUAAGUGAAAGAGCCAUCUGGGUGGAAGGGUCCUGGUACAGGGUAAGUGUAUAGCCAUUAUCUAGCCUUCCUAGCAGAUAUUUACACUACUUUUCACUAGAUAUCAUGGAUUGAAUACCAAAUGAUCUCCUACAUGUAUGUUUUGAUACAAGGAAAACAAUUUGAGAUUAUAUCUAAUAUGAUUCUUUCCAAUUUCCUUUAUGCUACCAAAGCUGUACAUGAGCUUAAAAUGAUAUCAAUAAAUGGAAAAUGUGAGUUACACGUUGUACUCAUACUCGCCAUUAUAGAUCUCUCCAAAAUGAAAACUGUUAUCAUUAUCUGUAUGGGUCAUGGUAAGUCGCUGUUUACUCCACGCCAAAUACUUAAUACAUGUACUAAUACUUUUAUCAUUGUUCAACGCAUGAUAUCCACCUCCCACUUGACCAAGCGGCAUUGAUAUCACUAUGAGUAUGAUAUCAUUCUUAAAACCUGAAGAUUCCUAAGGUCCCCCAUGUCAGUUAAACCUCAAGAAAGUAGCCAGAAAGGAGCCACCUGUAACUAAAGGUAUGCUUACACACAAGUUUGCAUACCAAACAUUUUGAAAAAUUGUAUUUUAUUGUAUCUGAACAACCCUUUAAUAUUAAGCCCUGGCCCGCUGAGAGCCUUUUUUUUUUAGGGAGGGAUCUUGGUGAGAAAUUUAUACUUAAUUAUGUUUCCUAAGAUUUGUCAAAAAUCAUUUUGAUUAUGAAAGAAGUAAACCUUGGGAUGUUUACUGAUGAUUCAAUCGGAUAUACAAAAAAAAAUAAAAAAUUGUAUGAUAUUAAAUGAAAUUGUAUAUCCCUACAUCUUUGUAUAUGUAAAUAAUAUAUAAUAUUGUAGAUAGCCAUUUACGUGUCUAAGAAGAAAUAUGUUUGUCUUAUAUUGUUAUUACAGACUGUGUAGAUAUAUAUGUUAUGUUAUAGUGUAUGCCUUUUGUAGGUCCGAUGCUCUUUGUACUUCAAUGAAUUUAUGCAUUUAUUCUUGAUGCUGUGCUGUUCAUACCCUUACCGGCCACAGUUAUGCAAUGAAUGUUACAAUACGAAUUGUAUCUCAUCAUUACAUGUAGAUUUGGUAAUGAGUUUAAUAUUGGGUAUGUAUCAUGGUUAUACAUCCUUGUAACAUGAAUACCAAGUGAUUUGAAAACUCGACAAAAUGGUAUCUUGGUGUACUCAUCAACAGAUGAUGUUCAAUUUUUUUUAAUUCCUUGUACCUGGUUUAACGUCUUCAUUAAGAAGCCUUCAUGAGACAAAUGCAGAUAAAACAUAUUAUGUACCGGUAGAUGUUAGGGGUAUAUUGAAUAGUGCGGAUAAUAGUGGUGUGACUCGUUAAGUACAAGCUCUCAAAGACAGAUUUGAAAGCUAAAUAUGGUUACAAAUUUCAGAAAAUGUUAAAAGUAAACAAUAAUCAUUUCAGAUCCUGCAAUAAUCAGUCUUUAUUUUGAACAAGACUUGGAUAAAUGUAAGCAGCCAGUGUUUUUUCCUUCUUUUUGUGUUAACUUGCUGUCUUCUUCAUGAGUCAUUAAUAUUUUUGUAUAAGUGCAUUAUUUAUGUGAAAAAAAAUCUUGCUCUAGAUGAAUAAACACAUGGGGUAAAAAAUAUGAAUUUUUGAAACUGUGAAGAAGUGUUCAUAUAAUGAUGAAUUAUUUGGAGAGCAGAUACAUGUAGUAUAAAAAAAAAACUAGCUAUUUACAUUUGUGUGGACUGCGAAUUCUAUGCUACAUUACAUCUGUAUGUUACUAUUAACAGGAUAACAUUCACAGUAAUUUAGGUUGUUAAGCCUGAAGAUAGUUUCUUUGAAAGAAUAUUUACCGUAAAAUUCAAAUGACUAUCAAUUAUCAUAGUUUCUCUACAUUUUUUCUAUGCUUGGUUAAAGAGAGCAUUAAUUUUGUAUCUGUUAUUCACGAGGAUUCUGAAAACAAACUCACUUCAAGAUUUGAAUGAAUUAUUUUAUUUCAUUUCUGAAUCUUAAAGGUGAAGAAAAGUAAUUAUAAAGAAUCAGAUUUAGAGCUUUCAUGUCUUAUUUAGUACUGUUUGAAACAUUUUUGUGAAUUUACAUUCAUGAAAAUUGGCAUGACAAGAAAACUUUUUUAUUUCCUAUAUUGUUGUUAAUGUUUAUGUACAAAAUUGUCUUUUACUCAAUAAUGAUGCAUAAUAAAUGAGACUAAUUAUCAUUACUGUA